AGAAGCACAUUGUGUCCCGAAUGCUCAACGCGUCAGUUUUGCCAGACAGUGUCGACUGGAGAAACAAAGGGGCCGUGACUCCCGUGAAGACGCAGGGACCGUGCUUGGCUACAUGGGCUUUCAGCGCGACCGGAGCAGUGGAAAGUCAACAUUUCAUUCGAACGGGUCAACUCGUGGAUCUAAGCGAACAGAACCUCAUCGACUGUUCUCAAGACUUUGGCAACCUAGGGUGCGAAGGAGGCCGAGCAGAUCAAGCUUUUGAAUACAUCAUCCAAAACAAGGGCGUUGACCUGGAAGAACUGUACCCUUAUGCUUUCAAGACCAUGCCAUGCGCAUUCGACAAGGGUGCUGUCGGUGCGACCCUAUCCGGAUUCCAUAUAGUUCCUCAAAUGUCCGAAGAGCAACUUCAGAUCGCUGUAGCCACCGUGGGUCCCGUUGCAGUAGUGAUCGAUGCCGCGCAUGAUGAUUUCUUCCAGUAUCACCAAGAGCCUUCGUUUUUCUCUUCGCGUUUUUUAGGUAUAUAUAAUAAUCCGUUCUGCAGUGCUAGUGACGUCAACUACGGUCUUUUAGUAGUAGGCUACGGCACCGCCAACGGCAUAGAUUACUGGAUAUGUAAGAACAGCAUGGGACCUGACUGGGGUGAACAUGGUUACAUAAGGAUGGCGAGAAACAAGCAAAACCAGUGCGGCAUCGCUACUUCGGCCACUUAUCCGGAAAUCUAGGUGACAUG